CUGAUGGAAAACAUGUCAGAACUGACACAGUUCAUCCUGCUGGGACUCACAGAUGACCCAGGCCUGCAGGUUCCUCUCUUUAUUAUGUUUCUCCUCAUCUACACCAUCACCCUUGUUGGGAACCUGGGCAUGAUCCUGCUGAUUCUCUUGGACUCUCGGCUCCACACUCCCAUGUACAUUUUUCUAGGUAACCUGUCUCUGGUGGACUUUUGUUACUCCUCAGCUAUCACUCCCACAGUCAUGGCUGGGCUUCUUGUAGGAGACAAGAUCAUUUCCUACAAUGCCUGUGCAACUCAACUCUUCUUUUUCGGAGGCUUUGUUACUGUAGAAAAUUACCUGUUGGCCUCUAUGGCCUAUGAUCGCUAUGCAGCAGUGUGUAAGCCCCUGCACUAUGCCACCACCAUGACUACAGGUGUCUGUGCAUUGCUGGUCAUUGGCCCAUAUGUCAUAGGUUUCCUGAAUGCCUGCAUUCACGUUGGGGACAUAUUCAGUCUCACUUUCUGUAAGUCCAACAUGGUCCACCACUUUUUCUGUGAUGUUCCAGCACUCAUGGCUCUUGCUUGCUUUGACAGUCAGGUUAGUGAACUGCUUCUUCUUUGUGUUGAGAGUUUACAUGUCUUUUUUGCUGUCAUGGUUAUCGGGACUUCUUACUUGUUCAUUUUUGUCACCAUCCUAAAGAUGCACUCAGCUGCAGGUCAUCACAAGGCUGUGUCCACCUGUGCCUCCCACUUCACUGCAGUCUCCAUCUUCUAUGGGACUGUCAGCUUCAUGUACUUAAAGCCCAGCUCCAGUCACUUCAUGGACACGGACAAAAUGGCAUCUGUGUUCUAUACAAUGGUCAUCCCCAUGCUGAACCCUCUGGUCUACAGCCUGAGAAACAAAGAGGUCAGGAACGCAUUCAAAAAGGUCAAUAGUGCAUUCUUAAAGGUAAAGAGUGUAUUCUUUCCUUAG